CCUUCGCGCCCUGCCCGCCCCGCGCCGGCCCUCGCUUCCUCCUGCGUCCGCUCGCGUCCUGGCCCGGCCACGGUGGGACGACGGCCCGGGCUGCACCGCGCGGACCCUCGGGAGGUUGGAACCUGAGUGGUGAUGGAGACGAAACAGGGACGCCCCGAAGUUCGCCCUCCAGAGACAGGAACCAAGGUAAAUAAUGGAAGAGACAAGUCUGUUAGAGGCUGGAGCCUCUGCAGCCUCCACAGCUGCAGCUCUGGAGAACUUACAGGUGGAGGCCAGCUGCUCGGUGUGCCUGGAAUACCUGAAGGAGCCUGUCAUCAUUGAGUGUGGCCACAAUUUCUGCAAAGCUUGCAUCACGCGCUGGUGGGAGGACCUGGAGAGGGAUUUUCCUUGUCCUGUCUGUCGGAAGACAUCCCGAUACCGCAGCCUCCGGCCCAACCGGCAGCUGGGCAGCAUGGUUGAGAUUGCCAAGCAGCUGCAGGCUGUCAAGAGGAAAAUCCGGGAUGAGAGCCUCUGCCCCCAGCACCAUGAGGCGCUCAGCCUGUUCUGCUAUGAGGACCAGGAAGCUGUGUGUUUGAUCUGUGCCAUUUCCCAUACCCACCGGGCCCACACCGUCGUGCCACUGGAUGAUGCGACGCAGGAAUACAAGGAGAAGCUGCAGAAGUGCCUGGAGCCACUUGAGCAGAAGCUGCAGGAAGUCACCCGCUGCAAGUCCUCUGAGGAGAAGAAGCCCGCGGAGCUCAAGAGACUGGUGGAGAGUCGCCGGCAGCAGAUCUUGAAGGAGUUCGAAGAGCUUCACAGACGGCUGGAUGAGGAGCAGCAGGUUUUGCUUUCGCGGCUGGAGGAGGAGGAACAGGACAUCCUGCAGCGCCUUCGAGAGAAUGCCGCCCUGCUUGGGGACAAGCGCCGGGACCUGGCCCACCUGGCUGCUGAGGUGGAGGGCAAGUGCUUGCAGUCAGGCUUCGAGAUGCUUAAGGACGUCAAAAGUACCCUGGAAAAAUGUGAGAAAGUGAAGACCAUGGAGGUGAGCACAGUGUCCAUAGAGCUGGAAAAGAACUUCAGCAGUUUCCCCCGACAGUACUUUGCCCUAAGGAAAAUUCUUAAACAGCUAAUUGCGGAUGUGACCCUGGACCCGGAGACCGCGCACCCCAACCUCGUCCUGUCCGAGGAUCGUAAGAGCGUCAAGUUUGUGGAGACCAGACUCCGAGACCUCCCCGACACGCCCCGGAGAUUCACCUUCUACCCUUGCGUCCUGGCUACUGAAGGCUUCACCUCCGGCCGGCACUACUGGGAGGUAGAAGUGGGCGACAAGACCCACUGGGCGGUGGGCGUGUGCCGGGACUCCGUGAGCCGCAAAGGCGAACUGACGCCACUUCCUGAGACUGGCUACUGGCGGGUGCGGCUGUGGAACGGGGACAAGUACGCGGCCACCACAACGCCGUUCACCCCUUUGCACAUCAAGGUGAAACCCAAGCGGGUGGGCAUAUUUCUAGACUACGAGGCUGGCACACUGUCUUUUUAUAACGUCACAGACCGCUCCCAUAUCUACACGUUCACGGAUACGUUUACUGAGAAGCUGUGGCCUCUCUUCUACCCGGGCAUCAGGGCUGGUCGGAAGAACGCUGCGCCGCUGACCAUCAGGCCUCCCACAGACUGGGAGUGACGGGUGGGAUGUGGGGCCGAGUGGGUAAGGCAGGGUCCAGAGCUGUGGGCUGUCGCGGGCUCCAGUGCUGGGUCAUCUUGAAGCAACACUGUCUCUAGGAUGCUUUCCGGGGAGAAGGUUGUGGCCUGGGCUGCAUGACAGAGCACGGCCGAGUCUCUCUCCUCGCUGUCAGGUGGGGAGCUCGUCCCCAGCAGGUGACGGCCACAGUCCAUCAGGUUUUCUAAUUGCACAGGACAGGUAGGGGUAUAAGUAGAGGCCUGUCCAGAAACAAAGGCCGUGGCGGGUCUCAUUGUGCUGAAGCCAGAGGCUUCCUAGACACAGGGUGAUCUUGUCUCUUGAGGGAAACAACAGGGAUGUUUGCGCCCCAAGAUAGGAAAGGAUGAAUGACAGUUGCUGUCCUCAGUCUACAAGUUGAGUUUUCUGGGGACAGAGUCCGUGCAUUAGACAGGUUAGGAGAAGAUCGGAGAAGUGAGCUAAAGGAACAGACUCCUAGAAACUAACGAAGGGAGGGAGGUUUAGUCUUCUGUUCCCAGGGUAAGGUUGCCAUAAUGAGUAGGAUUGACCAGAGAUAAUGUGGGGAGAAGGACAGGGCAGAAGAAAGAAGCCAGGCCUCAGCCUUCAGCAGAGCUGGCUCAUUCUCUUGCUCCUCACAGUUGUCUCCAAGGGAGCGGUCACCUUGCUCCUCUCAGAGAUGAGUGAGACCCUGCAAGGCACACCCACUACCCAGUAUGAGUCAGGAAUUAGAGGAUAGGAAAGGUUAUCUACCGGAAGCUCCGGCCUAAAAACUUGUUACCCAGCUGCUGCUCCUAAACUGUCAGCUUUGCCACCUGGCUCGGGUGUGCACCGCAAAGGGAAGAAAGUGGAGCCUUACCCUGAGGACAGGGUAGAAGAGGGUGUGCGUGUCGGAAGGGCCAGACGGCAACUUCUUUCACCUGUGCAUCUCACCCACAGCUGAUGUUCAUAACAGCCUUCUACCUGAGUGGCCACCUUUCACCCUUCGUCAUCGCCUUUCAGAGAAUGUGUGUCAUUCUAAUGUCAGGCCAAAUCAGGCCUGUAAGGUACAUUCAUAUGUGGUCAAGGUUAAGCGAUGCAUGCAAACCAAACUAAAACUAGCUGGAUUGUCUGCUGCUUGAGUAAGUAAGCUUCACAGAAGACAAGAAACUGCAGUGAACAGCCGGCAUUUCGGUUCCUCCCACCACCUCAGCAGGACUGUCCUCUCCUCUUCUAACCUUUGUGCCUUGACUGUGGUUCUUUGUGGCAGGAGACUUCGGCCGGUAAAAGUAAUAUGGAGCAAAGGAUCCACUGACGUGACCUCGGUGUCGUGUGGUGAUUUGUGAUGAUCGUCCUUAGGUCGAUGUGCAGAAUCACUGAGUGCGAAAAAUCCAUGUUCCCAGGGUCUCACCUCUACUUGAUUCAGGUCUUGGUGGGCCUGCAAAAAAUGUUUUUAAACACUCUCCUGGCUGAGUGUGAGGACCUUCGUGCAGCUUAACCCAGAGGCUGUAUCUGCUCAUUCCUCAGAGCUUAAAGCCUGGUUCUCUGCCUAGCCUGGCAGGGGUCUGGAGGGGGGUCACUCCCUGGUCCGGAUUUAGGCUGCCCUCCCCGUCUCAAGGUUUAGUCUUAUUUUGCCCUCUGCUUCUGACCUCUUGUCAUUAGCAGAGUUAGACAAACUGCCAGACAGAAGAAAGAGGAGAGGAGAGGUCAGGGGAGAGACGCGUGGACGUCGUGGAGUGGGCAGUAGCCAGGAGCAGGGCUUACAGUUGACAGGGUUCUGUCUGUACCUAGGAUUAGGAGUGGGAGACCAUUCACUUAGCAAGGUGAAGCAUGGCCUGCUGGGUGUUUAGCACUAAGGGCCAGCGGUGUGUGUGUCUGAUAAGCGGAAAGGUGGGCGUGAACACUGCUGAGCUCAAUUAGCCACCUACCUCUGCCACCCUAAAGCCCUUCCCCCUCACCCAUGGGCAGCAGUCUUUUCCGCUUUCUUUUAUUGCAUACUGACUGUUAUUUCGGUCUGUAGCUCCUGGCCAUCUGCCUUUGGCCUUAGGAGAGGAGCCAGAAGGUCUGCCUGAAUGUAAAUUGGGAUCCGCUGCCUCCCCAACUUACCUGCUUUUUUUCCUGAGAAUGCUUAGCCGUUUUAAGAUCCAUUUCUCUACUAGCCUCUCCAGUCUUUACAUAGUUUGUAUGAUUAUGGAUUUAAGGACAAAAGGAAGGAAUUCAAAACUCAUACACAUGCCGAGGGGCGGGGUUUGCAAACAGUCGUAGGUGAGGCCACGGGCCCAGGCACUACACUUCCCAGGAAGCCCUGUGCGGGGGCGGGGUUUGCAAGCCAGUGGGCCGGUGAGGCCGCGGGCUCAGACCUUACAUUUUCCUUGAAGCUUUACGCUGCGGCGGGGCUUAUAAGCAGACGUGCCAGCGAGCCUCCCCUUGGAGGGCAGGCUUUACAAACGAAAGUCGGCGAGGUUUCGGACCCAGAUACUACACUUCCCAGGAGGCCUUGCGCGGGCCGGGGCGUGGCCUUGUAGACGGGCGGCGUCCAUGGCGGGCCCGGUGAAGGACCGCGAGGCGUUCCAGAGGCUCAGCUUCCUCUACCAGGCCGCAGGGGACAGCGCUGGACAGUUCAGACCUGCCUGACGUGCCAGCGCAGCCAGCGGUUUCUCAAUGAUCCCAAGCAUACACUCUGGGGGGACCGGCCUGAGGCCCAGCUGGGGAACCAAGCAGACUCCAAACCACAGCCGCUGCCGAACACAGCCCACCCCAUUGCAGCCCACCUUCCUAGGGAGAAAGUGCAGCCUCAGGCUCCAGUUACCGGCCAGGAAUGUAACUCGUCUUCCAGAUGAAUAAACUUUAACUGUUGCACUUUG